GCUAAAGCAUACAAAAACCCUAAUUUCCGCCAUCACUCUCCUGCACAUUAUUAUUGGUUGUACAUUCAUCGAUUCCCUCUCUUGGCAGUACUUCGUUUUUCCAUUGUUAGCGGAAAAGAGAGAGAGAGAGAGAGAGAGAGAGGGAAAUGGGAAGCGAUAGCGAAAUAGAGAAGACGCAACAGAAGGAGAAGGAGAGGAAGAAGAUGUUAGCUGUUGCUCCCAUCGCAAAGCCCCUCGCUGGCAAAAAGCUCUCUAAGAAAACCCUCAAGCUCGUUCGCAGAGCCGCUGAGCACAAGUGCUUGAAGAGAGGAGUAAAGGAAGUGGUUAAAAGUAUUCGGCGUGGUCAUAAAGGAUUAUGUGUUAUAGCUGGAAACAUAUCUCCUAUUGAUGUCAUAACUCAUGUUCCAAUCCUAUGUGAAGAGGCUGACAUUCCCUAUGUUUAUGUUCCCUCAAAAGAAGAUCUUGCAACUGCAGGAGCUACCAAGAGACCGACAUGCUGUGUUCUGGUGCUAACCAAGCCCACUAAAGGGGAACUAGGCCCUGAGGAUCAAGAAAAAAUAAAGGCUGAUUAUAGCCAGAUAGUAGCGGAUAUAUCUGAGCUUACAUCCACCCUUUUUUAAUUAACGAAAAUUUUUUUGUUGUGCUUGUUAUAUAAGCUUUUGAUGUUGGCACCCUGUUUUCUGCUGCUUAUGGAAUGUGCUUUAGUUGAUACUUAUUGUAGUAUGCUGCUAUUUACUUCUUCCUUGCUAUUUGGCUAUCUGCUUUCUUUUACUUCCUUUAA